AUGGGAAUCAUGCCUGACUGUUUACGCCUAGUCACGAUGCUUCUCAAGGGCUUCAUCGGAGAUGUAUUCCAGCCGAUUGGAGGUAUCACCUUAUCCAUCCUAGUGGGGAAGACACUUGGAGAAUGGCAGCUACCAUGGUUCGUUGUAAAGGUCCCCUCCUCCUAUAACGCAAUUUUGGGGCGACCAACCCUGAACCACCUAAGGGUGGUGACUUCCACGUUCCACUUAAAGAUGAAGUUCCCAACUCCCACAGGGGUGGGCGAGAUUCGCAGCAAGCAGGUCCUAGCACGGGAAUGCUACUCUCAGGAGAUGAAGCCUGAGGGUAUCAAGGUCCGAGCUCAUGAAGGAGUGCGAGAGGAUGUCGGCCCACCUCCUGCUCUGACCUUGAUGGAGCUGGAAGAGGAAGUAAGGGAUGAGAAGGCUCUAUGA